GCAGUAUUUCAAGCGAGGUAACUUUCAAAAAGUAUGGCCGCCCUGUAAGCAGAGGGUCCGUCGACGAUCGGCUUUUUUCUCCAAUUUUUAGUUUAUUUGUGUAAUUAUAUAAAUCAUACACCCGACGAUGAAGUUCUUAUCAGAACUAGACGACGAUAGGUUCGCCAGGGUAGUGAUUGCGCAGGAUUUGAAGGAGUUUGGGAUCAAAAUACCCAAAGUCAAGAAAUCGUCGAAAAGCCAGGACAAACACCACCACAGCCCAGGCGUUGGUGUAUUCGGCAGGAGGCUCACCAACCUACCCACAGUUCCAGUCAGCACCCCUGCUGGCACGUACCAAGUACCAACCUUUCUUGUUACAACUGUCAACUUUCUGGAGGAACACAUCGAAACAGAAGGGAUCUUCCGAAAAUCUGGGUCACAUGCACGACAGAAAGACCUCAAGAUCAAAGUGGAUGAAGGUGGAGAGUUUGGAGAGGCAUCUGUCCUGGACGUGGCAAACCUGUUCAAGCAGUUUUUCCGUGAGCUGCCUGACCCACUGUUCACCCACAGACUGCACACCUGUCUGCUGAAGGCUCAGGAGAUCCAGCAGGACAGGGACAGGAUCAUGGCCGUCCUGUCCGUGUGUGCCAUGCUGCCCACCCUCCACCUGAACACCCUGCAGUAUACCAUGUCCUUCCUGGCAAGGCUGGCCGCCAGGGCAGACCAGAACAAGAUGGACGAGAACAACCUGGCUCUGAUCAUGACCCCCAACCUCAUGCCCACUCUGGAGAAAACCUGCGCAGACAUCGGCCCAGACAAGCUGCUGAAGAUGCAGACAGAGAUUGUGAAGUUUCUCAUCCAAAACUCUCACAGCAUUGGUGCUGUCCCUGACAGUGUGCUGGAGCGAGCUGCCCAGCUGAGUGGGAAGGAUAUGGAAGGGCUGGUGUCAGGAGAUGAGCUGGACAAGAGCGUGGACUCCUUACUUGAUGGGUCUAAGACAAAGAGGAAGAAAAGAAGGAGUGGAUCUAUACAAGGUAUAGUGAACGGGAUCAGUCAGGGGCUGAACAAGUUGAGGCACGGCAGUUCAUCGUCCAUCAAAACACCAUCCAGGCAGAACUCAAGCUCUGAUCAAGCUGAUUCUGAGGUGAUCACCAACAUCCCGGCAGUGAUGAUGAGCGAGGUGACUCCGCGGAUCAUGCGCUCCACCAAGAGGAAGGCAGAGGACGACCACGCUGCUUUCUCCGCAGCUAAGAGGAAAGCCAUCCUGCAGCAGAUGGGACAGAGAGGUGCCAAGCCUCAGUACGGAGCAGCCAGCAGGACUCCUGAGGGGCUGCUCACACCCAGCAACCUCAUCCAGGCGGAUCUGGACGCAGACUCGAUAACCAGCAGACUGGACAGAGACUCGUACCGACAGUACGCCACGCUCUGUUAUGGCCUGGACCGCUCCCUACAGCAGGCUGAGACCCCGCUUACACAUGCUCAGAAGAAAAUGUGCAUCAGCAGCGACCAGCUCUUCACCCCCGGCUCCCCCUCCAGCCCAAGCAUACAGUUCGUGGAGCCCCCGGGACAGUCGGUCAGCUUCAAGGCCGCCUUGCACGACUCCCUGAUGUCCACCACCAGCCAGAGCAAGGCCACUCCCUCCAAGAAGAUUGGGAAAAUCUUGGCCGACAAGCUGAAAAGGCGCUCGAGUGGCAAGGCUGGUUGUUUCUCCCCCAGGAGAUCCUCAGGUGGCAGCAAGCUCAGGAGGUCCAUCAAGAAGAGAUUCAGCGGAGGUAAAGGGAAGUCUGAGAAAUCCCCCUUGGUGCAGUCGACCAGCCUCAACUUGGAGAAUGUGGGGUCACGGCUGGCAAACCAUCCUCCUGACACAGGCCUGUCCACCAUUGACUUUGGGGCCAGUCCGAAGCUGAACGAGAAAGUGAGGGGAUCCUUCUUCAAGAUGCAUGCCAGGGCCGGGCCUUCCAAGUCCUUACCCGUCCCCAGCACAGAAAGGCCUACCUCGCCCCUACUCAACUUCAGUAGGAGAAGCAACGCCAUGGACCCCAACUCCUCCACCCUGACCACAAGUUCGGCCAUGACCAGCUCGACGGAGGGGGCCAAGACACCGGACGUUUCUAUGAUCAGCACGAGUUUCCUAAACGACACGUCCAGAACCCCUGACGUGUCUGUCAUCACUACUAGCUCAAGGGACUCGAAAACCCCUGAAGAGUGCAACAGUGGACAUGUAAUGAUGGUGGCUGGGGACUUGGCAAAAACCCCAGAUGAACCCAAGAUGGGGAAUCCACUACUAAUGGCUGCAGACUUGGUGAAGACCCCCUACAAGAGUCAUCUGGCUGGGGCAGGUGAACAGGUGCCUGCAGGUGUGGAUGUUGUGAAGACACCAUUCAAGGAGCACCUUGCUGCCAGGUGUGAACCCAAAGCUGCAGACUCCCCCAAGGUUGUCACAGUCGACAUUCACAUGACGAAUUCUCCCAUGGGGAAACGAGCUCUGCCAGAUGAUGGUGACCAACCCACUGCUGUGCCCACCCAGGAUCAAACAGAUAAUCUGACACAGUCUGUUGUCAGGAACCUGGGAUUUGAAGCUGAGUUGGAGACAGUAACCCCACCUGAGCACCACAACAGUUCAGCUGACGUGCCAGAACUGCCGAGUCUUGUCGCCUACACCAGGACCACUAAGUUCUUCCCAUCCUUGGGCAUCCUCGAGCCGUCAUCAGCACAUGGUGAAAAAGAGGAAGAGUUGUUCAGUUCACCUGAUCAAGAGGUAGAUUCUCCUAACUCCCCAGCAAAGAGACCAUUGGCCCAACAGGAUGAAGUCAUCGCUUCACCAAGUAAGAGGCCGAGGAUGGGUCAGCAGGUGAGUCAGUAUCACCUGUCGCUGAAUGUUGCUGGGAAGAAUAUCACCAUGACGUUGCAAGAGAGAGUGAGGGCACGAUCAUCAAAUACUUCAGGAGUAAAAGAAAGUACAGAGAGUGCUGUGUCAUCAGAGUCAGCCUCAGUGAAAGACAAACCCCAAAAUACAGCGGAAAAAGAUGUACUAAGUGCAGGCAAUGAAUCAAAAGAAGAAUCAGUACAGCCAAUGGUAACACAGGCUGCCACAGCAUCCCUGCAGCAAAGUAGCCAUGCUAGGUCCGUGAAGAAGGUACAGCCUUCUCCUACCAAAAAGGCAAACACUGCAAGCCAGAACGGACCUGCAAAAAGAAGAAACGACGCUACACCCACCAAGAAAGCUGUCACUCCCAAGAAGACCAGGACACCCUCGGGAAGGACCCCAGGAAGGGGAACUCCCGGCAGCGCCGGCAAGAGAACCACAUCCUCCAGCUUUGUCCGUAAGGGAUCGAGUGUUGUACAGAGGAAAGCCUCAGACAGAAAGGCAGCAGUAAGAAGCAGCAGCUGCCAGGAAAGGGAGAGGGCACCAGUGGUCAGGAAAAAUAGCGACAAAGAAAAGAAAGGAGCAGUUGUCUCAAGAAACAGCUUUAAGAACAUGGGGGAUCAUACUGCAAUGAGGGCCAGGAGAAAGGAAGGCGAGAAGAAGACUGAGGCCACUGUAGCACGUAAGGAUAGCAAGGAAAGGAACGCAAGCAGACCAGGAAGGAUGGGCAGUGUGGGGAAGGCUGACAAGCCCCCAUCUCGUGCCGGGAGACCAUUGCCGUCUUUUAGAACAAAUGCCUCUCCAGCUAAGAAGGUGGACCCAACUACCAGCAAUGGGCUGGGAAAGAGACGUCCGGUUAUCUCCUCCCCACUAAAGAACAGCUCUGACAUGCACAAGAAGGUGGAGAAGAACCUGAAAGUGCUGAUUGAUUUGGAACAAACUCUUAGCUGUCUGUCUCCCAGUGGUGACAGUAAGUCAUCGACUGUGAGUACCAGCAGUGUUGCAAGUGAUGCUCAGUCAGAUGGUGUGGAGAAGAAGGAGAUGAAGGCCAGGGAUUCAGCCACAAGUGUGUACGUGUACUCUCCUGGUAAGGGUUCAGGUAUUCCCAUCACUAGAGCACAGAAAAGUUCCCCACCAUCUACUGAACCGCCCAAGACACCAUCCAAGUCCGUCAGUGACUCAGCUCUUCCAAGCGCCAGCCAUCCCACUGAUACAGGCUCGCCGUCCCAGGUGCAGCACGCAGCGAGCUUCCCGUCAAUCCCUCGCGAGAUCAAGACUGGCAUCGUGGCAAACUCCAUAGAGAUCUGGAACAACAUAUCCAUGGACGCUGGGGACAGGUUCACCUCGCCUCUGAGGGCAGUGAAGAAUCCGCUGCUCUUCCGCAAGUCCCCUGCCAGACGCUCCUGGCACAUGGGGGACACACCCAAGAAGGAGCCUGAGAAGCAGGACAAGCCAGUCCUCAGCUCCAACAACAGCACUUCAUCUGUAUCUGCUUCCAAACUGCCUUCUGCUGCAACCCCAAAGCUACCCACCACUCCUCUGGUCAAAGCACUCAGUAUCGACAGCUCCAUGGCCAAUGUGGGGCUGGAAUUCAAACCAGAGGACAUGGACACCAGCUGCCAGUCCUCCAGGUCUGUAGCCGCUGCCCUGGAUGCUCUGCAAGAAGAAAGCGUCCGCCUCAACGACUCCUACAACAUCGCAAACAGCCACCCAGUCCAAUCGCCGGCACGGAAAGUGGCCAUGUCUCCGCUGAAGCCAGUCAACACACCAAAGACUCUUCCAUCAAAAAUGGUGUCGGACAAAACGCCGAGGAUCAAACAGGCGCUACUAUUACCUGGGCAGGAAGAAAACGGCUCUACCCCGCUCCGAGCUGCGAUUAAGACACCCAAAAGGGCCACCAAUCUGAAACGUAGCACCCCGGUGAAGGUGAAGCGCUUCCACUCCCCACGCAAACCGGCAUACAAACCCAGGAGUGCAACAAAAUCUCCCAGGAAGUAUCCCGCUUCUCCUAAAGCACCUGAUCUGAGCGGGGACAUAACUCCAGCACCCACCAAACAAGACUGGAUGAUAUAAACUUGGUAAAAGUGAGCAAAGAGGAGAGAAGCAGUGCUGGGUACGAACUGUAGAAGCUGCUGAACGAUGUGAAGGAAGAUAGAGCUAGCUGCUACCAUGUUGAUAUAGGUCAACAUUUGGUGUAAUUUGGUGUGACUGUGGUCUUUUACUGCUGUUUGUUUGGCCAUGACAGAAGUUAUGUUUUUAACCAUUCCAAUAUUUGUUGCCAGGCAGGGUUUUGACAAAUAGCUAGGUACCAGUAUAAUAAAAGUUGCAUCAUACAAAAAUGUAUGACAUGAUAUGCCUUGGAGACACAUUAUAAUGAGUACAGACUCAUAUAUUUACUGUUCGCACAGUGCUUGCCUUACCAUUCUUUGUUUAAAAUUUACUGACAAUCUGUGCCUUUUCCUAAUUAGUUUGUCAUUUAGUCAAAAGCUCAUAACAAUAUUGAUGGUACUUUUGUGGCUUUAAGUGUAUUUUCAAGUGUUACUCUCUGUUAGUCAAUUAAAUUCAACAGCUAGAUGUGAUAUGUUUUGUACAUACAUAGUGUAAUGUGUACAGCUGCAAUAAGUCUUUAACAUGCUAGGUGUCAUUCUUUCAAGGAAGAUAAUAAACAAGGAAUGUAUCUCUUUCUAUGACCAGAAGAAACAACUUAGGAGAUAUGUUAAUUUCCAAUUCUGUCUAAAACAGUUGCGGUGCUUUUAUUGUUUUAAUCGUUUAGUUUUAGUUAUUACAAAAACAUAAAGUUAUCAGAAAUUUUUGUAGCCUUACAACAUGUGUAUGGUACUUACAGACUAGGAAUUAUUCAUUUGUGCUGGUCCUAUCUCUACCCAGGCAAAGCCUGCAAAUUGUUUGUCACCCUAGAAAUUCCUGGGGUGCAUGAAUUAGUCUUGUGUUGAAAUACCCUCCUUCGAAUAUUGGGGGCAAUAUUAUCUUGGGACCUAACAAAAUGCUAAAAGGAGAUAGCAGCCAGCUAUUCUUUCUUACAAUGUAACAGUUUUGUGGAGAAUAUGCUACAUUUUACUGCAACAUUUUGUAGCCUGGUGGUAGCCUGGGAUCUGACCUUGUUGAGCUUUAGUCCACUUUGUUUCUGCCAAACUUGUUGGGGCAGACCUACAGAAGUGCCCUGGUCACAUUCAUUUAAGUCAUCAUUCAUACAAAUUUGAAUGAUGUCAUAGAAUUCUCAAACAAGCCAUGUCAACCUCUGACAAGGAUCUAAGACAGCAUUUUACAACAAGGCAGCUGAAUAUUUCAAGCUACACAACUAUCCAAAGUUUCUUUGUGAUCGCACAGCCUAUGUGACCAGGUCCUAACACUUAACAAGGUCAAGGCUGUGUCUCAGGCUUUGUAGGUGGGAACAUGGAAGCCUGAACCACUUUACUUACAUACAGCACAAUCUAACAGGGAAGUUAUGUGCUUUACUUAGCGGAAUCAAUCAUGGACAAAGGAAAUAAUGUUAUAUAUAGUCAAAUGGUGAGAAAUAUUACACUAAAGCUUUUAUGCCAGCUUGCCAGUGAAAUUAAACAUUGCAUAGAGUGCAG